GGUCCCCAGCGGCGGAGCCCCCGGGGGCUUCGGGAGGGAGCGCGCGGGGUGAGGAGGGGGCGGCCGGGGGUCCGCGGAGAGGGAGGGAGGGCGAGGCUCAGGACGUCCCGCUGCCCUCUCGGGUUUCCUGGGCCCCCUCCCGGCUCGGUCCCACUUUCACUUUCGGCGGCGGCUCCUCCGCGGCCCGAGGGGUCCCGGGCCGAGUCGCGGGGGUCCCCGUGCGCCACCCCCAGCUCGGCACCGCCAUGGACUUGCCCCCCCCCCAGCUCUGCUCUGGUGCCGCUCCUGCUCGUCCUGGCCGUGCCAACCCUCAGCAGCUGCUGCUCCUUCAGCUUUAACCCCGUCAGCAGCACCUUCAGCGCCCACCUGAACAAGCUGACCCCCUGGCUGCUCCUCGACUACCCCGUGGCGAUGCCCAGCAACCUGGAGCCGGACAGCGUCUGCUCCGAUCUCUGGGGGCUUCACUUCGGAGUGCUGGCUCUGCAGCGAAUGCUGGGGGUGGCAGGGAAGGACUUGGCCCCCCUGCUCAGCGCCCUCCUUGCCCACAUCCAGUUUGUGGCCGAUUGUCACAUCCAGGACCCCCAGGGCUGUGUCCGGCUGGAGACGGUGAACGUGUCGCAGCUUCUGGAGACCCUGGCCCAGCACCUGGGGGGGCUGCAAGGGAGAGCCCUCCACUUCCCCGGCUGCGACCGCUUGCGCUGCCGCCCAGGCGCGGCGCUGACCAGUCCAGCAGUGCGGCACGAGGGGACCUUGGCGGCCAGGCAGGGCCCCCCCAGCCCCGCUGGACACGGGCUGGUGCUGUUGGGGGGAGUUGGGGGGGCCUUGGGCCUGGCGGCAGCGGCCUGGGUGCUGUGGAGGAGACCCUGUGCCCAGCCCUCACAGGGACCCCCGACGCUGGAGCACGACGGGACCUGAGUGGCUGAGCGAGACCUGGGGACAGACACAGGCUGGCCUGAGCCACUGGUGAGAGAUGGGGACGCCCCAGUUCUCUGCUGGAAGCCCCUGGGGGGCUACACCGGGAUCUCUGGGAGCCGCGGAGAGAUGAGGGGGCCCGGCCUGGCCCCCUGCAGGGCCCAUAAAGCUGAUGUUGACACUGA